AUGGAGGCCGCGGGCGCCGGGACACGGGCGGCUGCGCGGCGGCGGGACCGGCGGCUGCGGGCGCCGGCGACCCUGAAGGAGCAGCGGGAUCCCCAGCCAGGCGGGCGGCUGCCGCAGAGGAGGUGGGUAAGAGACCGGUGGGCGAAUCCCGCGGCCCCGUCCCGCGGCCGGGCAGUGGGGCCAGAGUCGAUGGGCGUCCGGCCCAGGCCCCGGGAGGCGCGCUGGGAGCUCCGGGCGCAUGACAGCAAUCUUCGGCCCCCAAGCCCCGUGUCCGCGGCGGGUCCUGCCCGCCGCCCCAGCCCGCACAGCAGCAGGCACGGACAGAGUCUCGGAACCGUGAUGCGACCUCAGCAGCGGGCCAGGCUGGGAAUCCUGGCGCCCUGGCGGGAAGCUUCGACAUCCUCAUCUGCGAAAUGCGUUGAUCGUGCCUUCCACCCCUGGCGAAUUGAAGAGGCUCAAGAAGCAGUCUUUCGAGAAGUGGUCAGUUUUACCCCAGACCCUUUGCCAGUUCGAUAUUAUGACAAGGACACCACCAAACCCAUCAGCUUUUACUUGUCUUCCCUGGAGGAACUCUUGGCAUGGACGCCCAACGUGGAGGACAGCUUUAACGUGGCCUUAGGGCCCCCUGAGUGUCGGCAGCCCCCUCUGAGCAGCAGCAGGCCCCGGACUUUGAUGUGCCAUGACAUGAUGGGCGGGUACCUGGAUGACAAGUUUAUUCAGGGCUCAGCCACGCAGAACCCCUAUUCCUUCUACCACUGGCAGCACAUCGACAUCUUUGUAUACUUCAGCCAUCACACGGUCACCAUCCCCCCGGUAGGCUGGACCAACGCUGCCCACAGGCAUGGGGUCUGUGUGCUGGGGACUUUCAUCACCGAAUGGAAAGAAGGGGAGCGGCUCUGUGAGGCCUUCCUGGCUGGGGACGAGCGCUCAUACCAGGCGGUGGCCCGUCAGCUGGUCCUGAUUGCCCAGUUUUUCCGAUUCGAUGGCUGGCUGAUCAACAUCGAGAACUCUCUGAGUCUGGCCGCCGUGGGGAACGUGCCCCACUUCCUCCGGUACCUGACCACUCAGCUGCAUCGACAGGUCCCCAGGGGCCUGGUGCUCUGGUAUGAUAGCGUGGUGAGCAGCGGGCAACUCACAUGGCAGGAUGAGCUCAACGAGCACAACAGGGUUUUCUUCGAUUCCUGCAAUGGCUUCUUCACCAACUAUAACUGGCGGGAGGAGCACCUGGAGCGGAUGCUGGGGCAGGCUGGGGAGCGCCUGGCCGACGUGUACGUGGGAGUGGAUGUGUUCGCCCGGGGCAACGUCGUCGGGGGCCGGUUCCACACGGACAAGUCACUGGAGCUGAUCCGGAAGCACGGGUUCUCGGUGGCUCUGUUCGCACCUGGCUGGGUGUACGAGUGUUUGGAGAAGGGGGAUUUCUUCCAGAACCAGGACAAGUUCUGGAGUUUGCUGGAACGCUAUCUGCCCACGCACAGCAUCUGCUCCUUGCCCUUUGUCACUUCCUUCUGCCUGGGCAUGGGGACUCGAAGAGUCUGCUAUGGCCAGGAGGAGGCCGUGGGGCCCUGGUACCACCUGAGCGCCCAGGAAAUCCAGCCCCUCUUUGGAGAGCACAGGCUGGAAGGGGACGGACGGGGCUGGGUGAAGAUGCACUGCUGCCUGGAAGACGCCUGGAACGGGGGCAGCUCUCUGCUUAUCCGGGGGCUGAUUCCGCCUGAGGUUGGAAACGUGUCUGUGAGGUUAUUCUCCCUGCAGGUCCCAGUGCCGCCCAAGGUUUUCCUGUCCAUGGUGUACAAGCUAGAAGGACCUUCGGCUGUGGGGGUGGCUUUGGAGCUCACCACGGGGGACGCAGGCAGCUGUCACGUGGGAGACAUCUCGGCGCUGAGCGCAGAAACGAGCCCAAGGCACAGUCCCCGACCCCUCCGGGUGCCCCCGACCAAGCUGGCCAAAUGGGUGGGCCGCUGCGGCCAGCAGCUCAGCGGGGGCUGGGUCCAGCGCUGCUACGAAGUGAAUCUGCGGGGCUGCCUCCUGCAGGCCCUCUUCGUUAAUUUCUCCCGGGCCCCGGGCAGCCAGGAGGAGAGCUUCGUCUGUCGCCUUGGAGAGAUCCAGGUGGUGGAUGCCAAUAGCCUGCUGACCCCUCUGCCUCAGGUGCAGGCCGUGACUGUCUCGCAGGUGCGCUGGCAGCCGGCCGCCUCCGAGGGGGAGAGCGGCCCCGCUGGGCUCCGGCUCAGCUGUACUCUGCACUGGGCCUACCGCCUCCCUCACGCCCGAUGCUUCCGGAUCCACUGCUGCCGAGGGUCAGGAGGUGACGCUCCUUGCAGGGGGCCGUCGGAGCCAGAGAGGCCCACGCUCCUGGGCCUGGCUUUUGUCAACCGGUAUCGGAUAGUGGACCUAGCAGUGGCACCCGCAGAGCCUGGCCGGGAUGGCCGUGUGGAGUUCCUGGUGGAGCCCAUCCCCAAGGAGGGGUUUCUGGUGCCACGGGCCGAGUGGGGCAGGGCGGCCAUGCUGUACUCCACGCCCCGCACAUGA